GUCACCUUCAAAUUUCAGAAAUUCAAAGUCGCCCACACCCACACCCACACCCACAGCAUGACUUCCUCUUCUCCUCUCCGAUCCUUACAGAACUGGGAACUGAAACAUUGGCGUAUAUUCAUCACAAGCAAAACACGUUUUCUCAGAAUUAUGAGCCUCAAGAUCAUCAAUAAACGCACUCUGGAAAUUUCCAAGCGGAGCUGCUUUUAGUCCAAUCUCGCUCCCAAACACACCAGCUCAGUAACUGAAAUUCUAACAAACACAAAUGAUCAUCCAAAACCCAGCAGCUUCCUUUUGGCGCCAUUGACUCAAAUCUCACCCUGAAAUCAGGUUUCUCUCUCCACACCCACACACAGUAGAACGACGGUUUGAAGCGCGGGAUCCAUGGAUGAAGCUGGACCUUCUGGAUGUGAUAAAACCAGUAUUUUUUGGGAGGCAGCUUUGGAGGGAGAUCUGAGACUACUCAAGCAGUGCGCGGAGGACCUCGACACUGGCGAAGGUUUGGUGGAGACAUUUGAGAGGGUGAGAGAUGGUAGCGGGAGAACGGCGCUUCACAUUGCCGCCGCAGCAGGGAAGACAGAAAUAUGCCAAUAUUUGAUUGAAGGACCCAUUUUUGACGUCGACGUUCUAGAUGAGAAACGUCGCACUCCGUUACAUUAUGCAGUACUGAACGGAGAAGUCGAUACUGUUCAAUAUCUUCUGUCAGUUGGUGCAUUUAGUUCACAAUGUGAUAAACAGAAGUAUACUCCCUUGCAUUAUGCUGCUGAAAAAGGAGAUGUUCCGAUGCUGGUAUUAUUAAUGUCUGCUGGUGCUAGCGUUGACAUAGUGUCUGAUUAUGGUACUCCAUUACAUAGGGCCAUAGCUUAUAGACACAAAGAAGCUGUUCAAGUUCUAUUGGAUCAUCAAGCAGAUCCGGAUCUUGCUGGAUGUGAGAUUUUCACUCCACUUCUUUCUUCAAUCUUUGCCAAUUCAUUUGACUGCUUGGAACUCUUGCUAAAGGCUGGAGCGGAUCCUAAUAUUCGUGGAGGUGGCCUGAACUGCAUGACACCUCUAGGUCAAGCAGCAGCUAAUGGGGCGACCAGACUUGUUGAUUGCUUGUUGAGCUGUGGUGCUGACCCUGAUGCAGUUGACGACUCUGGCUUGACACCAUUGGAAUGGGCUGCAUUGAAUCGCCAUGAUGAGGCUGUGAACAUUCUGUUUCCAGCGACUACUCAGAUUCCAUAUUUCCCUGAAUGGACCAUCAGUGAAAUUAUGAAGCACAUUCACUCUGAAGAAGCUAGAGCACAUAGGGAUUCUCAUGAGAUGAUAAAAAGCUUUCGGGAAUUUGCACAGCAGGGAGACGUGGCAUUUGGGGAGAAAGAUUAUCACCGUGGAAUAUGUUGGUACAGUAAGGCAAUAACCUUGGCUACUACAAGAUUGGCAUUUAAGCGGAGCAUGUGCUGGGUCCACUUGAACAAUGGUCUUCCAGCUUUAUAUGAUGCUAGAUUGUGUAUUGGACUGAGACCUGACUCAUCAAAAGCACACUGCAUGGAAGGUGCAGCAUGGAAAAUACUUCAAAACUAUCCCAUGGCAGCAGCAGCAUAUUCUAAGGCUCGGCAGUUGCUUCCUUAUAGUGAAGAAAUUAUAAAAUUGUACCAGGAAGCUUCAGACUUGGCUAGAAAUUGGCCUUUCUCGGAAAGCUCUUCCAAGGAUCCAAUGGAGUCCGAAGGCUGAAACUGCAGUAAUACUUUCGAACCUUUUUGAUAGUUUAAUCCUAUUUGAGCUAUUAAAGGGGAUUUACAAACGAGUCUAUUAGUACUAAUUGUUCCAAGUAUCAAGCCGUCUUCUACACAUACAGGGUAUGUUUUGUAGCGCCAUCCGCACUGUGUUGAAAAAUGUGCUUAUGUUUCACUGCAUCA